AUGGAGACGAUGCGAGCGCAGCGACUGCAGCCGGGAGUGGGCACCGGUGGGAGGGGCACUCUGCGAGCGCUGCGGCCAGGAGUGACGGGGGCUGCGGCCGCGGCCACCACACCCCCCGCGGGUCCCCCACCGGCCCCGCCGCCCCCCGCCCCGCCCCCGCUGCUCCUGUCGGGGGGCGCUGGGCUGCCCCUGCCCCCCGGCUCCACCGGCAGCCCCGCAGUGCUGCGAGAGGCCGUGGAGGCAGUGGUGAGGAGCUUCGCCAAGCACACGCAGGGCUACGGCCGAGUGAAUGUGGUGGAGGCACUGCAGGAAUUCUGGCAGAUGAAGCAGUCCCGUGGCGCUGACCUGAAGAAUGGGGCUCUGGUGGUCUAUGAGAUGGUGCCCUCCAACAGCCCUCCAUACGUCUGCUAUGUCACCCUGCCUGGGGGAAGUUGCUUUGGGAGUUUCCAGGGCAACAGGGAGGAGGCUGACAACCCAAAUACAGGGAUUGGUGCCUUCCGAUUCAUGUUGGAAUCUAACAAGGGCAAGUCAAUGUUGGAGUUCCAGGAGCUAAUGACAGUUUUUCAACUAUUGCACUGGAAUGGCAGCCUUAAAGCCAUGAGGGAAAGACAGUGCUCUCGGCAGGAAGUGCUGGCACAUUAUUCACAUCGAGCACUGGAUGAUGAUAUUCGCCACCAAAUGGCGUUGGACUGGGUGAGCCGGGAGCAGAGUGUGCCAGGAGCACUGUCUAGAGAGCUGGCCUCCACCGAGCGAGAGCUGGAUGAAGCCCGGCUGGCAGGCAAGGAGCUGCGUUUCCACAAGGAAAAGAAAGAUAUUCUCAUGCUCGCUGCUGGGCAGUUGGGCAAUAUGCAUUCCUCCAACUGCUAG